AUCAAAUAAUUACUUAAAACAUAUUUUUACAAUAAAUACAACAAACAAGAACAAAAAACUUUUUGUGUGAAAAUAUUUAAGUAACUAAUUUAAAAUUUAAAAAAAUCAAUUCUUUAGUAUGUACUUUCUUAGAGUCUUUUGAAUCUCAUAGUUGGUGUCAGCGACGGCACUUGUCGACUUGUCUGUUGUGGUUAAGGUUAUGUUUUUGUAAACAUUAUUUUAUAAAAAUAUAAAAAACAAAAUGCAACGAGAAGAAAAACAACUCGAAUCAUCACUAGAUUCCAUAAUCCAACGUGUCAACGACUUAAAAUCAUCGAUAGCUUCAAUGAUUUACAAGGUAGAGAAUGAAUAUGAGACUCUCAACUGGCCCACAUUUUUGGACAAUUACGCCCUUAUGUCCGGUCAACUCACCUCCCUUUCCAAGGUUUUAAGUCAUGAUAAAUGUCCGACCCUUAGAAAUCUCACAGUACUACCUCUUAUGUUGUCCCCCGAGAGAGACGAACAAUUGGCUCAAAUGACUGAACACAGAGUCACAACUUUUGCCCAUGAUUUAGUCCCAGACUACCUUCGGACUAAACUGGAACCCUUGGCUGAAAAUAAAAUGAUGCAACUAGAACAUAAAGCGUCAACUUUAACAUAUGAGAACGCACAGAAACAAAUUGCUGCUUAUCAGAAAGUUGUUUCUCAUGUUUGGGAACUUGUAAGCAAAGCGAGAGAAGAAUGGGAAGUUGAAUCUUCAGCCAGGGGAAGCACUCAACAGAACUCCAGUGUAGCUGACACUCAUUCUCUUGUGGCAGCUGUUGGGAUGGGGAAAGGGCUUAAAAUGGGGACGAAUCCCAACGGACAGCCUAAUCCGACGUCAGGAGGGAUGAUGGUAGCGCCACAAGGACGACCUGGGGGCACUCCUGGGCAAGGACAGAUGCCACCCAGUACUCAAACCAUGAAUAAAGCGCCCUCUGCUAUAAAGACUAACAUCAAAAGUGCCACCCAAAUUCAUCCAUAUGGACGUUAGUGAAAUACAGUUUUUAAUGUGUACGGAGAUAUAUUUAUUUAUUAAGAUAUAAUCUUACAAAAAUAACUAAGUAUAACAGUGGAAACAAAGAAAACACUUUGUAGCACAAUGAGUAAAUUAUAAAAAGCAUUAAUUUACAGAA